AUGGGUAACCAACAAGAGAAGGAAUAGUCAAGAGAAUUCUUAGAAAGGAAACUUGAUCCGAAUUAUGGAGAGGUUGCUGUCUAUUUAGAUAAAAAUAAUAACCUCACAUUCACUGAAAUUAAACAUGUUUUAUCAUCUGAUAUAGAUGCAAAAGCUUUGGAAUAAAGUAUUACCAAUAGGUAUUAUUGAAACUAUAUUGAUAGAUAAUUACUGAAUCAUAGAUGCUUAAUAAAAAUAAAAAAACACGAAAAGGGAGAGAUAGAUGACUUGUGUAGUUCAUUUAUGGUUUUAUCAAUAACAGUUGAAUAUUACAGCGAGUCAUUAUACAAUGAUUUCAAACAAAGAAAAAUACAUAGAACAACUUAUACAGAAUAAGAGCUUUUAUAUAUUAUUUUUGAGAUUUCAAAUAUUUGUUAAUAUAUGAAGGAUUCGAAAUAUGAAAUAUAGGACAUUCAUCCUCAAAAGGUUUUGCUUAACGAAAAUCGAAAUAUCAAAUAUUUUGAUCAAUUUUUGGAAACACAAAAGAUCAAUAAUUAUUUUAAGGUUCUCUUUGGUUUAAGGGAUUUGGAAUAUAUUGCCCCUGAAUAAUUAGUAUUAUUAAAAGGAGAAAUCCGAACGGACAAUACAGAUUAAGAGCUUGUGAAUGUGUUUUGUUUAGGUCUAAUGAUUGUUAAUUUAAUGAGUGGCAUUAGAUGCGGUGAUUUUUAUAAUUAGGAUACGUUAGAAUAUAAAAGAGAUUUUGUAACUUAACAAAUAGAUAAAUUUUGCUUGAAACAUUAAUUUUCCAACUUUUUUAAAUAGCUACUGAUUUCAAUGUUAAAGUUUCACCCUUAAGAUCGUCUAAAUUACUUGUUAAUUUUAGAUUAGCUUCAACCUUAUUAGGACAAUAUUGCACAUUUUUUGAAUCCUCCUGGAAGAUAAAAAGGUUAUAAUUAUUUUAUUUUUAGAGUUUUUAGAAUCACAAUUUAAUUCCUUUCAUACACAGGGAUCAGCUAUAAAAUCUUAAGUUUAUUCUGCUACUGCUUGUGAUUUUAAUGAAAUAGAUUAAUUGAUUAAAUCAGCAAGAUAGAGGGCAUAAACAACUUUAGAUGAUGUUGGACUAGAUCUAAAACUUAAUGCUUUCAAAGGUAGCCAAAUUACAAUUAUUGAUCAGACGGACUGAAUUUUAUUAUAUCAUCAAAAAUAUAGAGA